AUGAAGGAAACCAACAAGAAAUCGGCGGUUGCCAAGAAGGACGCUCCCAAAGUCAAGGCUUCCAAAGUAGCAAAGACCCAAAAGCACCAGAAAGCUCCAAGGGUCAAGAAGGAAGCCGCCAAACCCAGAAAGGACGCUCCUGUCACUACUCCACCAUCAUCAUCAUCUAAGAAGGCUGCUCCUGUCCCUACUCCAAAACCCAGCAAAGUCAUCAAAAAGACAAAGAAGGAUGCUGCUCCUUCUGAAAAGGCCAUUGCCAAACGAGCUGAAAAGAAUGCUAGUGCUUUCGUAGCAAUGUUUAGAGGCCCCAUACAGACCGCAAUGUCGGAACAAAUGGAACGGGAAAUGUUUGACGAUACCGACGAGGAAGACGACGAGGACUUUGAAGACGGUGACGACGAUGAAGAGGAAGAAGGGGAUGACAAACAGGGUAAAGAUGACGACGAUGAGGACGAUGAUGAUGUAGAAGUCACUUUUGAAGGAAUGGACGAUAAUGACGAGGACGAGCAUCAAUACUCACCCAGGCAUGACGACGAAGAAGACGAAGAGCCUGCACCAAAGUCAUCGAAAUCAACCAAAUCAAAAUCAAAGACUGCUGCUACUACUACAGAUAGUACCGAUACUAUAAUAGAACCAACAAUAGCAACCGAAGAAGCCGACGAAUUCGCUACAAACCAAUCCGAAAUCCUACUUGACCCAUCCAUGAACGCAUUGGCUGAUACAAUCAAUGCAAAGAAACGUAAACGCACGGCUGCAUCAAUCAAGAAUAGUAACGGUAAAAGUACUCCGGGUGUAAUCUACUUGGGAAGAAUACCGCAUGGAUUCUAUGAACGGGAAAUGAAGACUUAUUUCACUCAGUUUGGCAAGGUGUCUAGACUCAAGUUGUCGAGAAACAAGAAGACUGGUCACUCAAAACACUAUGCAUUCAUUGAAUUUGAAGAUGCCGAAGUUGCUAAAAUUGUUGCUGAAACAAUGCACAACUAUUUAAUGAUGAAUUGUCUCUUGCAAUGUAAAUUCAUGCCUGAAGAUGAAGUACAUCCAGACACAUUCAAGAAUACUGAAAAGCCAUUCAGACCUAUUCCCUUCCAACGUCUACAUCGUCAAAAACAUAACAGGACCAAAACACCAGAACAACAUGCCAAACAAGUGAAGUCGUUGGUUGAACGUGAACAAGCCAAACGACAAAAGUUGCAAGAGAUGGGUAUUGAUUAUGAUUUCAGUGGAUAUGAGGCUCUGACUGCUACUGCCAAGUAG